CAUGUAGUACACAGCCGUACCCGAAAAACAGGAAAAGUAAAAAAUCUUCCACUUUCAUCCAAAAGAAAGUUGUGUGAUGGCUUCAAUGCCCUGCGAGUUCUCUCUUCUCUCUCAUCUGAGGCCGACUCCACCACUUUCUUCUCAUAUGUCGCACAACUCCUCAAAUUCGAACUCAUAUUAGGUUUUAGUUUGGUCUAGUGUAACAGAUGCUGAGCUUGGGGUUUUGAGAAUAUUUUUGUUGGAGCAUUGAGAGGGGUGGGGGUGAUAGAUACAAAUAUACAAUGCGGUUGUUUCCUUUGAAAUGGAGUUCCUCAAAAGAGUCUCAGAGUAAAGGAGGAAGCAAUCGUGCUCAAUUGUAUCUCAAUGUCUAUGAUCUCACUCCUAUUAACAACUACCUCUAUUGGUUCGGGCUUGGAAUUUACCAUUCAGGCAUACAAGUACAUGGUUCUGAGUAUGGAUUUGGAGCACAUGAGUACCCAACCAGUGGUGUAUUUGAGGUGGAACCUAGAAGUUGCCCGGGUUUUAUUUUCAGACAGUCGGUUCUUUUGGGCAGCACAGACAUGUCGCGUUCAGAAUUUCAGUCAUUCAUGGAACAUCUCUCUGGGAAAUAUCAUGGGGACACUUACCAUUUGAUUGCCAAAAACUGCAACCAUUUUACUGAUGAAGUCUGUAAGCGUCUUACUGGAAAGAAUAUUCCUGGAUGGGUGAAUAGGUUGGCCCGGUUAGUUUCAAGCUCUUUCUGCAAUUGUCUACUGCCAGAAAGUUUUCAUAUCACAGCAGUCAGACAUCUACCUGAUCGUCCAGCUUAUUCUGAUGAUGGGUCGGAUUCCGGUGUGUCAUCUGUAACAGCAGAGAGUGAAGAGGAGGAACUAGAUCAUCACCUGCUGACUGCAUCAAAUGGCGAUGUGGCAUUUCUGAAGGAAAAACCAGUGAGGCUUGCAAAAGAGAUCCUUUGAUUUAUUUAAUUUUUUCAUUAAUUUCCUGUAUUGUGUCCUGUUGUUUGUAGUGUAUAAAAUCUCAAGUGUCUCAGUAAACAUUUCAUCUCAAUUAUUUGAGCUCCUCAAAUAUUGUUUGCUGGAUCUGUGAUUGUCCAAGUGAAUUGUUUAUUUCCUAUAUUGUUCUGGUUAUAGUUGGCUUCACCCUGUUGUACCAUGAAAGUUUCCGACUUCUAAGUCAUUGUGGAACCUUUCUGUUUAUAAAUUGCUAAUAGCUGCUUCUGAAUUCAGAAGA